AUGGGUUAAAUUCUAUCUUUUCUCUUUUCUGUUUACAAUUAUAUACUUUUUCUUCCUAGCUUAGAAUGCACAACUAUAAUCCUAUCCUCUGAUCCAAAUUCUAGCAUUCGUAUUAUAUGCUACUUUAACUAUUUAUUUACUUGGGGAAUAGGUUUACUUUAGUCAACUCACGACUAUGAUUAUUCAUUCGAAGUUUCUGACUAUUUAUCUUAAGAUUUUGCAAGGACAGAUGUUUUUAAUGAAAUAAUCGCUGGUAUUUACUGCAGCAUUUCCCAAAUCACAUUGCAGAAAUAUUCUUUAAUAUUUUGCUUUUUAUUUUCAGUAUUUAAAAUUUGCACUUACUUUAAAAGAAAAAAAUACUAUUAAUCCCUAUUUUCAUUAAUGUAUAUACAAUUCUCUUGCUUUUAACUGCUAUUGAGUAUUGUUGCUUUAUUUAGUAUUGUAAACUCUGUGAAUUCAUUUGCUUUUCUAGGGUUAGUAUUUGCGCCAAUAUCUGCUAAAAUUGGUUAAUAUAUAAAGAAAUUUGUUGAAUACAAAAACUAUCAAAGGAACAUAUGCAGAGAAGAUCAUUCUGACCUUUCGCCACAUUAAUUCGACUCUUUUAUUAGACUUAUUUGUUAUCAUUCAAGCUUUUUUUAUGAGGAUUACAUAUAGAAUUAAUAAGGAGUUUUUUUUGAAAAUUUAUAUGACCAAUAAAAUGGAGAGCCUCUUGAAAGAUAUAUUAAAAAUGUUAUUGGAUAAGAAUUCAGAAAAGAAUUCACCCUUCAUUACAUACUCAAUUUAUACAGCAACUACCUUAAUAAAGUAGAAGCUUUUAAGAAAAAAUACAUAGUUUUAUCAUAUAUUAGCUUUUUGGUAGAGAGAAUAAAGAAUGUAACUAAAUCUUUCUAAGAGCUUUUGAGGAUAUAACAGGAAUACAGCAAGCAUAAAGAUUACGCAAAUUUAUUUUGCAUAUAAAUUUUAAUGGAAAGAUCAUAAAAAUUAUACAAACAGUAUACAUAUAAUUAGGAUAUUCAUAGUCAAACAAUAAAAAUGCAUGACCCUAUUACUUUUGAUUUCCUUAUGGUUGAAUUCUAAACUAGUCUUAAAACAUAAAUAUAGAAAUAAAUAGAAUAUUUCAAGUAUCUUUGCUCCGAUUACUUUAAUUUGGAAGAACUUAUGAUUGUUUCUAAAAAUAAUUUAAAUGGAAUUUAAAAUAUCAAAGUAAUUCAAAAAGAACUCUAUGAUAUUCACCCAAAUGAUUAAGCUUUAAAUAGCCUAUCAUCUGUCUUUUAAUUGACACUUGAUUUUUACUGUGUUUCCCCAAAAAUUCUAAAAUAAAAAUCUGCUCAAAAAUAAAAUAAAAGCUAAUUAAUUUCUUAAAUAGAUGUAUUUUCACCUGAUUCAUGCUCUGUAUAUUGCAGUCUUGUAAAUAAAAAUAUCGAGAUAAAUAGAACUUCUUCUAAUUUUUCUUCUAUCUUUGAAAUCGAUCAAAUUAGUGUACUAGGAAAGCAUGUUUCUAAUUUACUACCAAAAAUGUUAUAUUAAUUACAUGAGUUAACUAUGGAUGACUUUAUUAACAUGGAAAGUAUUGCCUAAGUACUCUCUACAGGUCUAAAACACGCAUUUGCAUUAAACGGAAAUGGCUUCGUCUUCCCAGUAUCAAUCAAUGUAAAAAUAGAAAAUUUUAAAGAAGAUUUUGGUGUAACAUCAUUAAUCACAAGAAUAAAUGACUCUAAGCAAUACAUUUUCUUUAAUGAACUAUUUUAAAUUUCAGAAAUAAGUAGCUUAAUCUACGAAAAAAUUUUCUCUUCAGAAUACACUCUAAACUAACUCAAGAAUCAGAAUAUUUUUAACUUUAUCCCUUUACUUUAAGCUCUUUUAAACGAUAACACUCUAUUAGAUGAAAAUUAUUACAAUACAUGCCUUUUACUGAGAAAAAAGUAUGAAGUAAAUUGUGAGAAUAAAGUGUCAAAAGAUAAUAGAAAAUAAAGCGUUUAUUAAAAUCAAGAAAUUUAUUCGCUCAUUUUUAAGGUGAAAAACCUUUAGUCUAAGCAUAUGAAGCAUAUAAAAUAUUUGGAAAUAGUUAAAUUUUAAGAAGAAAAAUCAUUUCAAGGGAAAAAAUAUCAACUAAAUUUGCUGAGUAAAUGCCUAAAUAUAGAAUUCUAAUUUUAUGAAGAAACUCAAGGAGAACCUUAAGAACAAAAUUAUGAAUUCUAAAUAGCAUCUUUAGUCUAAGAUGAUAACGAUUAAAAGUAAAUAUUAUUGAAUAAAGAAGAAGAUUAAUAAGUGGUAGAGCAAGUAUAAAUCAGUAAUUAGAAAAUUGAUUCGAAAGUCGAUGUAGAAAUCAUAUCUUAAUUUAAUAUCUAUGAACAAUAGUCCAAUACUAACAUAUGUGCAAACAAAUACAAUGAAGAUGAAAUCACUUAUAGCAAAAGGAAAAUUUCUUCUGAUAAUUAUUUACACAAUAAUUCUACUACAAUAAGCAAGAAUACUCCUUAAGAUUAGUAUAAUCAUUUAAUUUAUCCAAAAUAUGAUAUCACAAGUUACUAAUAAUUAAUGAAUGCUACAAACAAACUUUUAUCUCCACUAUCUAGCAGUAAUUUAAUCAAUACUACAAAUUAUCCUCAAGAGAACUAAAAAGUAAAAAACACUUAAAGAAGUACUUAGUAACUAUUUCAAAAGCAAAUUAUGUUUACGUAAUCCAUGAUCCCUCACUUUGGUGGUAAUAAUAUAGAAAAUGCUUCUCUUAAAUAUGCCAUAUGCGAUUUUAAUUAACUAAUUGUGGAUAAGUGGUUUGAUUCUCCUUCAAGCAUAGUUUUAUAUAAUUAAAAUAAUGACAAUAAGGAUAUUGAAAAUAAUAAUAAUAAUAACAGUAGGGCUUAGGAUAAUUGCUCUAUUAAAAAUUAAAAACACAUUUAAAAUUAAUUCUAAAACGAAAACAGCUCUGAUAAUAGUACAAUUAAAGGAGGAGAAUCAAGAGAAAAUUAAAUUGUAGAUGAUUAGUAAUAGUCUGCAUUUACUGGCAGCUAAAAUACUUAAAUAUCCACAAAAAAGAUAAUGAUUAAAAAAAUAACUAAAAAUACUGAUACGGGUAUUACAAAAGCGAUUGUCUUCACAGGAUUACUGUCAAUCAUAGCUUUAUAUUCCAGCGUUUUAUCUUUUUAUGUUGUAAACACAAACAAUAUGAAUUUAAUUUCAGAUUUGUUUAGCAAAUAUAAUACUGCUAAUAUCAUAAAUGAAGGCACCUUUUGGUUCACAAGAGAGCAAUAAUUCGCUCUUGAUUCACUAAUAUUUGCAAAAGUAUUAGGUAUUGAUAAACCAAUAGUUGAUCCUAAAGAUCCAUCUAAGGUAACAUCAAUAGUAUACGAAAUAUUUGUAUAGAGUGAAAUAUAACAAAGGAAGGCGGUUCAAGAAUUUAGUUAAAACAUUAAUUCUAUUCUCCAUUCAUACAAUGAGAAUUUCUUUAAUUAUAUCUCAUAAACUUAAAUAUCAACCUACAGUGACUACGUUGAUUAGAAGAUAUACACUCAUGUUUACAGAAAUCAUUCCAUUUUAUACACAAUGAUGCUCUAUCAAUCAAGCUUGAACCAAUUGUAUUUAAAAGGAUACUAUCAAGAAUUAUACCCUUAAUCGGUUAUUUAUGGAAAUAUUUAAGCAUUUAGCGAUGCUAUAUUGAAAAUACAGGAUAUGAUAUAGACUUAACUUUUUGAAUCAUACUAGCAGCUUAAAGAUAAUUAAGUGGAGCAGCUGAUUUAAACUCUGGUUUCUGCUUUUUUAUUAAUAAUUAUAGCUGUUCCUUUCAUGAUCUAUUUCAAAUAAUAAUAAUAUUAAACAAUAAAACUCUUAGGCUCCUUUCCACCUGCUCUACUUUAACAGUAUAUUGGUUUGUUUAAUUAUUAUUUAAAUAGAAUCGAACUUUACUAAAGGAAAGAAAUUGAACAAAUCCAGUAAUAUCAAUCUUACAAUGCUUUAUAGUCUAUGAGAUCAAUCAGUGUAAAACAGAUCAGUGGUGUUUUCGACUUAUAGAAAUCAAGAUAGGAUAAUGGUGAUAACUAGGCAACUAAGAAAAUAAUCAAGAGAAUAAAUAAAAAAAGGCUAUAAACCUAAAGGUAAAGACAAAUAGCCUCAUUUAGCAAAGCAAAGCCAUUCAGAUUCAAAUAUAUUUUUAUUUCAUUAUUAAUUGUGUGUCCUUUUAUGAUUUACCCUAUAUUUAAUUUAAUCACAGCUAACUUGUUCGUAGAGGAGGCUCUCGAUACUCUAGCCUAGAGAAAUAUUAUUUUAAGUUCUUCUUAAUUUAUUCUGAAUUUCGAAGUUGUUCACUAUAAAAUUUGGGAAAUAGCUUAUAACAAUCUUUUAUUUAAGAAUAUAUUUUUUUAUAAUUAUGGCUUAAAUAUCACUAAACAAUCUUCAUAAAUUCUCUAAGGUAUAAAGAAUUUAACCAACUAUGAAACCUCAUCUAGGUAUGGUUCUGAUGAUAGAUAAUAGUUUUUCAACAGCUUAUUAUUAGAUAGUUCAUGCACUUAUAUAGAUAAAAUGAGGAACAACACAAUAGAAAAUCCUUAUUUUUAAACAAAUUUUACAGGUGAUAAUUGUCGUAGAUUACUAAGCGGUAGUUUUGAUAGAGGUUUUGUUUUAGCAUUUUAACACUUGACAAAUAUCUACUAAGACUGGUUUUCGUUAUACUAAGAAUACGCAGCACUCCAGACCCCUAAACAACCUUUGUUUUAAAAUAUAACUCAGAGCAUCGCAAACAUUCAACGAUAAGAAAACAAUAUCUUAGAUAUUUACUAAUCCAAUCUUCUUCUCUAACAAAUUUCUACUUCAUUUGAAAAAUUUUUUGAAAUCUAAAAUGAAAAAUAUACAAAAUACAUUCUUAAAAUGUUUACAAUUUUGAUGGUCUUUUAACUAAUUCUGAUUUUCUUAGCUAUUUCUAUUGUGUGGACAUCUUUGUAUAAAAAAUUUAAAAAAGAAAUCAACAAAACCAGAUUACUUUUAACUAAUUUGCACAUAGACAUGAUUCUAGAAAAUAAGCUUAUUUAGCAAUAUUUAAAAAGAAAAUGA